AUGUUUCGUCGACUCAAAUCGAACUCACAGUCUCUUCCCAAUCGACCGUGUGUACAGAUUAGCCGUUCGCCGUCAUUCAGAGUUGAGUCUAUUCCUGAGUUCAUUGAAGUUUUUGCUCAAUAUGAACACGAGCGAUCUCAACUCUCCAUUUUUCAAGUUUUUCGAAAAUUUGAUGAGACGAAAAAAAUGUCAUCGGACUUUUUGAAUCAAAAUCUCGACUUCACAUCAUUUCUUGCGCAAACCGUCACUUUGAUUGUCGAGAUGAAUCACCAGACAUUCUUUUCGAGUUACUGCUCUACCGCUCAACCGUUCAUCCAAAUAUUAUACAUCAUAGUUUUGAAACGACCGGACCUCUUCACGACAAAAACGGCGCAGAAACUCACAAAUUAUUUAAUCACAUGUCUUCCCGAGAUUUACGAGGGGAAGGCGGAAAUCGCCAUCGACCCACAUUACUCCUUUCUCGAAAAAAUCCAACUCAUUCCAACCAUCGUGAAAGACACAGACAACUCACAACCGGCCGCCGUGUUGUGGUUCGUCACACAGAUCGUCGCCCUCUUCGCAAAGGCUCAAAUCAUCAACACCGAUAAUCUCAUAUUCACAAAUUUCCCGACACAACACGUCGACGCGUUCAUCGACUAUUAUUGCCUUGUCUUGGAAAACUACAACAAUGUCCCUGUCGAGAUUAUGGAUAUGAUCAAAAGGUGGGGGGUCGAGGCUGAAGCCGAGGAACUUAAAAACGACGUGAAGGAGAGUGAGAAGUAUGAGAAGGAGCACAUCAAUGUCUUUAAAAUUGAAAAUGACCCCAAUGGGAAAAUGGGAUCUUUUGAUAGUGAUAUUAAACUGUUAGGGAAACCAAUUGUCAGCUCUUUAGAAAACGUCUUUAAGAUGGACGAAGACGUACAAAAGACACCAACGCCGAAAAUCUUUAAGAUGGUAAAUAAGAGAGCAAUCACUGUGAAUCAAGUGAUGCGCUUUCAGACAAUGCUUUCGUACUUAUUCCCCAACGAAAUAUUCUCUGGUAAUUUCUUCCCGUGGAAUACAAAGUGUCCAAUUGAAAUUGAAGUGUUGCUCUACUAUUUCAAUUACGUGACGUUUUCGUCUGACAAAUCGUUUGUUGCAAGACUUGUGCAGUUCUACAAAAUGAUGCAAAAGGCCCCCGUGACGUUAACGAACGCGUUCGAAUUUUGUAUGACAAAACUCCUCUGCGCAUCACACAAACGACAUGCAAAUUGCGAUCUGCUCUCACCGCUGUUGGACAUAUUGGAUAAAGCAAAUACGGAAUCGGCGAAUAACAUAUUAACAGUCGCUUUCUGCUCGAUCGUACAUUUGAAUGAAAAGGAAAUUGUGGUGCUUACAAAUCUGCUCAAAUGUCCUAAGUACGCAACACAACUGUACGCAAUCAUUUCUACCCAACUUUCAUUGAUGCAGAGUUCCGAAAUCUACAACCUCUUUGUCGUCAAUGGACUCUCUUUCACUCUACGAAGCCACAUUAACACAAACGAUAUAUUGGAGUACCUCACAUUCAUGUUGAAGUUGUUUGUAUCCGCACCACUCACACAAGACUUUUUAGUGAGUGAGCCCCGAAACUUCAUUUGUAAAAUCGUGGCGUACUCGAACAUUUCAAAGGAGACGUACGAUUUGAUUGUGUCGUUUUUGACAACUGGCGUGUUACAAACAAAAAUGACGAACUCGCAUGAGAAAAUGGACUUCACAUACUUCACUAAGUCACUUUCUCUGUUAACUCCACCAAAAGAAAUGUCGAAAAUUGCACACAAUUUGGCUGUGUUGAAAAUUUACUCCUUGAUGAGUGACAACUUGAAUAAGAAUGACUUGGAGUAUUACUAUCAAUUCAUCGAAUCAAAUUUGCUUGUGGACAUUGGCGACGACAAUUUGUCGACGCUGAAAGAGUUUUACACUGUGUUGUUACUCUCUUUCGAAACCUUCAAAACCCACAAAAUUUUCAAACCCAAAAUCAUCGAAUUGUUUCUGAAGAAAUCGACACUCCAAAAAUUAAAAAACAUUUACGACAAAAUUGGUGUUUGCGUGUUUAACCAUUUACGCAAUUUGUCACUCGACAAAUCGUGUGUGAUCGACAAUGUUCUUUUCUUGGAAGUUUACGUCACGUUACUGGAUUUGGUUGACACUGUCGAGAAGCCAUUUUCGGAACUCUUGCCGUUACUCGAAAACCCACUCAACGUCGACAUCUUGUCACACUCCAAUUUGAUCAUUCCGUUAUUGGCCUUAGCAAAUACAAAUACUCCGGUGAACUCGAUUUACUACUUUCUGCAAGUUGUUGUCAACUACAACUGCGAUCCAACAUUCUUCUUGAAAUUUUUGAAAGACAUCCACGCAAAUGGGUUGAGUGAAAAACAGCGCGACUUGAUAGUCGACUGCACACACUGCACUCUAAAGCCACGAAAUGUCAUUGAAGUGUCGAAGUUGUGUGCCAAUACUGUUGAGUUCAAAAUCGACUCUCCUAAUUCUCAAAGUCUUGGGAUAACAUUUUGGCUGUCGAUGACUAAUUACGCGGAUUAUUCCAAAGAUGGGUUGGUCAACAUCUUCAGCUUAAAGUGGAGAGAUGCGGUGUUUACAUUCUCUGUUUCUUCCAUCGCCAUUUUAGUUGAGAUCAGACAAAACGAUAAAGUGGAUCCCGUUGAAUUUGGCUUCUCUUUUCGGCUCAAAGUGUUUUCACAUAUAUCGAUCAACAUGAAACAGACGAAGUCGCUCGAAGUGCAAAUUGCAGUGGACGGAAAGUUUUUGAGUGGGUUUGAACCGCUUGAAAUGUGUCCACUCGCGUUCUUUCCAUUUCAGAUUACUAUGGAACAAACCAAUAAUGCAUCGUACCGAAUGGGCAACAUCAACUUUUUUAAGGAUACGCUGAAUGAAGAAGUUAUUAAAGCGAUGGUCACAACACGACCAGACGUCUUACCUUCCGACUGGGGAACAGAACCACCAAUUAACUUCCCGUUGGUGACACAAAAUUUCGACUACUUUGCGAGUGCACUUCUCUCGGCGAAAAAGGUGUAUUACAACGAUACAAAGAAGUUCGAGGAGAUCACCGUGAAAUCACCAAAUGCCCAUUUUGCAUUUGAGUGUGUUGGAAUGAAAGAGGCUUUAAAUAUGACUGGUGGUAUUGAAGUGCUAUUACUGUUGUUAGCUGAAGUGAAAACGACGACAGAUGCUUUAGAGGUCAUCGAAGUGAUCAGAAAGUAUAUUUCGAAGAAUCGGGUUGCUGCGCAGAAAUGUAGAGAAAUACACUUUGGUCGUAUACUAACCGAUAUCCUAAGUUAUACCACUUACGAAAAACAAAAUUCCAUUGGAGGGGGUUUACCAUACAAUGAGAAGCUUACGGAAAACAUAGGCAUUGUCAAGAGUUUGGUCAACUUAUGUUCGAACCAAGACGAAAGUCCAAACGUGAUUGAUUUAUAUAUAGAAACGGGCGAGUUGAUGAAGAGUAUUUUCUUCUGUCCGCCAUUUUGGAUGAGGACGUCGAAUGAUGUUUUUGAAGAGUAUUUGAAGACAAUUAAGACUUUUUUAGUUGGCGAGUUUGCACAACACAAUAUGAUUGUUUUAAGGGAAAACGGAUGCAUCGCGGCAUUUGUGCAGUACGUUCCACUGGUAAUUGGAACAAAUUCAGUGAGUGUUCUCAACCUCUUUUUGGAGGUCAUUCAAUGCUUUGUAAAAACACCACUCUGGUCGGAGGUGUCUGAGAUGUUAAAACCUAUCCUCUGCAGAUUCUGUGGGAAGACGCCCCAUUUCCCACAUGCUGAAUUCUUUGGGCAGCGGUUGGUGGAAAACGAAAAGGACGGAGAGAAAAAGGAGAAGAGAAAUUUAAUGAAAAACUCUCAUUCGGAAAACAACUUAUUAUCACCACGAGAAAAUGGGAAAGUGACUGGACCAAUUCUCUUCUUGGAAUUACUUAAAAUUGUUGUGAAGGAAUUGUUCAAAAUGGUGUCGAGUGACGAAACUCUGGAGUACUUAAAUACCCUCAAAAAGUGUUACUCUGAAACGUACUUAGUCAAUUUGAUCUACCAUUGUACAACUGCUGAAGAACUCAUUAACGUCAUUCAAUUGCUCCACAGUUAUAUUGCGAAUAACAUCGUGUCUGUGACGACGAUGAGUCAGUUGUUUCCAAACUUACUUGGUGGUAUAAAAAGUGAAAAGGUCCUCAAAAUCAUGAACACGGACAUUUUGAGCGUCUUGUGGGACCUUUCAAUCAGUGUUGAAUGUGAAGAGUAUGUGUUAAUGAUUGGUUCUCUGGAGGGCAUCAAUGUCGAGUUUGUCAUUUCUUUGUUGAAAAAGGCAAAACACCUUGAAGUUAGUCGAAAAAACGAGAAAGUACAAAUUCUCACGUGGAAUUGUCUGGUUAAUAUCACUGAUGUGUAUUACUGUUCGAAUGUGAAUACCCCUGUUUUACUCCAAAACAUCGACUUGAUGAUUGAGACGUUCGGGUCUUUGGGAUUGGAUCCAAAUAUGACUUGCUUGAAGCUAUCUUCUCUCUGUUUAUAUACAAGACUCUCUGCAGUGCGCUGGGCGUUUUACUUGAAUAUGAGUGUUCGUUACAAACAUGUUCUCUUUCCUUCUAUUGCCAUUAUCAAACUGUUUACUUAUCUGGUCGAGUUAAACGUCGACCUCACAACAGCCCUACCGAAGAAUGUGUUACAAAUUGUCGACAGGAAGUUUUCCAUCAAAGAGACGAUGUUAACGAUCAAAGAUUAUAACGUCAGUGGUAUGCCGAUUGCACUCUAUUACUCGUUUUUGGUCUUUGGUGCAUUUUCGGAGUAUCUGAAAGAUUUUGAAAAUGAUUCUUUGCAACUUGUUGAAGAGACUGUGAACACUCUGCCUAAUAUCAAUGAAUUUCCAAUCGUUCACCCAUUAAGCCAACUGAUGAAGAAAUUUGAGAACAAAGGAGAAUUAAUACAGUUCAUGGAAAAGAGCACGGGAGAUGUCGAGGAGAGUAUCAAAUGGUUAAUGACCUCGUGCGAGAUCUUUCCCCCAGAACCCCUCCCACACGUCAAAGUUUCACCAAUCAAAAUUGAAAGCGAUAUUAUCGAUAUCAACAACUCUUUUUAUCAGAGCGAAUUGACUGAAACAGUUGACACUGUCGCUGUGAUGGCGUGGAGAAAAAUGGUAAGAAAGUACACCACAAAGGAUGCGAUAUUUGAGUAUGACUUCAGUGCACCGUAUUCCUUCAUAAAACUUGAGAACACAUUAUGUAAUGGGAACUCUCAGAUGAUAUUGAGUAAGACCACUCCAAAGUUUUCGUCAUUGCCUAUUGAAGAACACUGCUGUGAUCCGAAAAAAGAGGAAGAAAAAUUGAAGAAGUACGACAACUUAGUCGAGCGCGUGCGUUUUAAGAUGUUUGACGAAGUCGAAGCGAAGUAUUUAGUUGAAUUUCUGAAAUAUGAUAAGGACUAUCCCGCGAUAGUCUAUUUCAAAGAUUAUAAGGAAGACACUUUGGGCUACUCCAACACUUCGACGAUUACAAACACAAGAUAUUUGGUUGUCAGAUUCAACAAAGGAGGGGAUAAAAAUAUGACGUCUCGAGAGUGUCGAGAACUUUGUAUUGAUGUUGAAGACAUUACGUCCGUCCAUCGAAUGAGUGUGUUGUACGAAGACACUGCACUCGAGAUAUUCCACUUUUACUCGUUGAAGUCAUUUAUUCUGCAAUUCAAGAGUUCUACAGAGAGAAGCGAGUUUUUGUCACAACUGCCUAUUGUUCCAAACGAGGCGCAACGCUUUGAGGAAAAGACGAAAUUGUGGGAGAAGGGGAUGUUGUCCAAUUACGACUUUUUAUACGAGGUCAAUAGAUACGCCAACCGCACAUUCCUGUUAUUGUAUCAAUAUCCGAUAUACCCGUGGGUGACUUCGGAAUUUUCUAAUAAUUUCCGCGUUAACGACAUUCGGUCGUAUCGGAACCUUGAAUUUCCAAUUAGUCUUAUUGACGAAAAAAGUCGAGAAACGUCGAAAAGGAAGUUACACGAAAGCUUCGACGAGAAAGGGUACAACUACAGUUGUUAUUUAAGCAGUCAGAGUUUGGUGUGUCGGAGUAUGAUUCGUCUUCAGCCGUUUGCUGGGAUGUUAUGGACUGAAAUGUCCGAGAGGUGUUUUGAAGUUGGUGGAAGAGUCUUUAAGAGUGUUGAGAAUCUCUUUGAGAGUUCUGUAGAGCAAUCGCGCUCCGAGUUAAUUCCGCAAUAUUACACCACUCCGACGUUUCUUCAAAACAUUAACAAAUUUCUCACAAAAGGUGCUGACAAAGGCGGGAAGUCUCUUGGUGAUGUUGAAUUACCCAAAUGGAAAGUUUCUGGACUUCGAGAAAGUGCGAAGGAUUAUGUCAGUGUUACGCCACGAGAGUUCACUGAAAAGAUGCGACAGUCGUUGGAGAGUGGGUUAGUUUCUACCGACUUAAAUUUGUGGAUUGAUUUGGUCUUUGGGUCGUCACAACAAAGUUCGACGAAUUUCAAUGUCUUUUCGCCCGACUUUACUGAAAGGAGUGAGAAGGAUGACAUUCUCAAAAAGCACUUUUGGAAAACGAUGGGGAUUUUGCCGAAACAAGUCAAGGCCAAAAGCUUCUCGAAGCGAGUAGUGAAAUCUUCGAGGGAUAAAAGUUGUAGUCUAUUACUCAGUGCAGCAACACGGCAACCAAAGAAGUAUCGGGAAUAUACAAACGCGUACUUUUUAGUCCCAGAAAAGAAUGGUGUGUUUGCGAUAACCAAGCGAAUCUGCAGUUUAAGUGGGAAUAAUGUGAUAUGGUAUGAAGAGAACACUCAUCGCAUUAUGAAGAAUAGCGAUGUGUUGAAAGUGCUUGUUGGUGUCAGGUGUUUACACAGUGAAGAGGAUUACAUUAUCACUGGCGGGGACUGUGUGGUUGGGAUGCGGAAGUGGCAUGUCCAGCAAUUUGUAGGGUUGAGUGAUGUGAGUGCUAUAAGUGUUUCGGUGUACUUUGAUACAGCCAUUGGUGGCAAUGAAUUUGGCGAAGUUGUCACAUGGUCGAUCCUCACAGAGAAAAUACGAUGGAAAAAGGAUGUGAAGUUCCCUGUACGACAUGUAGUCAUUUCGGGUAACGGAGAUACGUUUAUAGUGACGUUUGAUAAAGAAACUGAGAUAUCGUACAUUACUGGGUUUGAUAUCAAUGGUGAGGUGUUUGGUGAGUUUAAUAUCAACGCGAAGAUCACUGCGUGUGCUGUAACAAAGAGUAAAAAUGGUGUUGGGAAUGUGUUAGUUAUUGGCACCAAUGUUGGAGAAGUUAUCAUUUUCGAUGCCCAAAAUAUGGGGAUGGUUUCUUCUUACUCUGCGGAUAGAAGUGCGGGAGAAGUCACAUCGUUUUUAUUCACCGAAAAUGAAUGCAAAGUGUUCUAUUGUGUACAAUCGAAAGGGAAAAAUGCGAUUGUCUAUUGCUUGUAA